AGACAGUGACAGUGGCCUUGGGCGGGAAAAGCCUAGUAAGUGUUGGUGUCAUAGAUCUCUGCUUCUAUUUACGUGGUCAAAGGAAAGGUUGCGGGAGGCUGUUUUUAACUCAUUAGUCAUGUCCGCGCCUCAGGGUGGUUCUGGCCUGGAUAGUUUGGUCACAGUGAGCGGCUCAGUGCAGAAAUACGUGGCCAAGAAGAAGAAGGUGCUGAACGCGGAAGAGGCCGAGCUGUAUGAACUGGCGCAGGCGGCUGGUAUAGUAAUGGAUCAAGAGGUGUUUAAAGUUCUAGUGGAUUUGUUAAAGAUGAAUGUAGCCCCUUUGGCAGUUUUCCAGAUGCUGAAGUCAAUGUGUGCUGGACAUAAACUGACAGAUUCUUCUACUGGUGAGGCCAGUGCUGCAACUUUAACACCAAGUCAUUCUGAUUCAAGAGGGAGACACAAACUCAAUCCUUCAACUAAUACUGGGCAAGGUGCUGCGGAACGGAGCAACCGGGAAGGUUCAAGCCAGCGUGUACCUCGACAACCAAGUGCAAGUCGCAUGCAGAAAAGCAGCAGCUCAGGAAAAAGCAGUGGAGGGAGCAGUACAUAGCAUGUGUUUUAUGUGCCAAAUUACAGGUCAUUCAGAAGACUGAUCUCUCUCAAUAACUGAUCUACAGUCUUAUGCGAAUACAGUUCAAAGGGCAUUCACAACAUUGCUACCUUUGAUAUCAAUUGUAGAUGUUUAACUAGAAGUAAGAGACACAAAUAACAAUAUUAUAAUUUGUUCUAAAUUGUGUUUGGCCUUGUCUAAUCCCUAUUGAGAAGAAUCAUGCUACUUUUGUUCCUAGCUACCAGAUAUUUUCUUUAUGAAAUUCUUGCAGCCCAAUGUCUUGUAUAGGAACAUAAACAUAAGCUGACAUUUGGGAUUGGUGUGCAUACUACUGAAAUCAUUGUAUUAGCACAGACAUCCUCAAACUUGGCCCUCCAGCUAAUAUGCUGGCUGAGCAUCAUGGGAAAUGUAGGAGUCUGGAGGGCCAAGUUUGAGGAUGUCUGUGUUAGCACCACAUUAAUCACAAGAUCCUGAUUAAUUUAAGCUUGUACAACAUGGUUACUUCUGUAUGCUUCAAUGGGAUAAAGUUAACCGCUAUUUUUCUGAUUGCACAUUUUGCUGCUAUUUAAGCUAAGGAGUUAAAUGCAAAGUCAUGUUCCUAUUUAAAGGAACCUGAAACUAAAUUGUCUUGUGCAUUUAAGAAAACAUGUUUAAACAAUACAAAAAUAUUUGUAUAUAAGUUAUAAAAUAUAUACAUAUAUGUUUGGUCAUCAGGAAAUAAAUAGUUGCGAUAGCACCACCUUAACAGUAGUAGCAGUGCUAACUUAAUUUAUGGGUAUGGAAUUUUAUGCUAGUUAAUGAGCUGUACUUUUUUGUUUAAUGGAGAUAACAAAUGCAAAAUCUGUUCUUUUAAUUCUGUGCCUGCCUUUAAGGAUGUAUUUGUUUAUGUAGCUUGCAGACUUCUGGGAGUAGUGCUGUAGUUUGCAGGUUUUCCUGCUUUUUGACUUUCCAACCAGACGCCAUGGUUCUAAAAUGUCUGAAUUCUUUUUGUGCUCCUAAGUCUAUAUUGUGUAUCAUGUCUAAACUGAAAUAGAUGUAUAUAAGGUCAUGAAAACAACCUUUUUAUUUAUUGCUGAUCAAGUAGUUCUUGAGAUUAAUAAGUGACAGGAUAGCUCAAUAUUUCUCAUGAAAGAAUUGAGGGUUGUCGGUUUUACAGGUUUCUUGAAGCACGACAGCUAAUUUAUUAUGUAAGUGCUUAAAUUGUAAACAUGUUUACCAAAAGUAUUUUUAUUUUUCUAUUAAAUUGUACAUGUAUGUAAAGUAUUUCUGCACUAAAUUAUUUCUGGUAUAAAAUAAAAUCACUUAAAAUUA